CGGGGCGCCCGCGCAGCACCCUUCCGACGCACGCUUGCUCCGGAGUCGGUCCCGCCGGGCUCGCGGGGGUGGCGCGCUCCCGCCCAGGGAGGAGGUGAAUGCUAGUGGGCUGAACGUGUCUGACCUGCUUUGAGAACUUCCAAGAAGCCAACAUGGAUAAAAUCCUUGAAGCUAUCCUGGCAUCGUCAUACCCUGAUCACAUGAAGCAAGGGCUGGUGAGGCGUAUCAUAGAGGCUUUAAAGAGGACCAUGGACAGUGAGCAGUGUUGGUCCAUGCUGGAACUUUCUACCAAUCUCUUUCUCCUGGGGGACACCAAGUUUAAGCGAUCAGUUGGCAAAGAGAUCCUGGAGGUCUGUGGCCUUUAUCACCAGGAGGCCUUUGAGGAAUUCUUCAAUGCUCAGUUCCUCUUAAGCCUCCUCCAGGAAGGCUAUGGACCUCUUGGCAAAAGAAGCCUGUACGUGUUUGAUUACAUAUACCUUGGACUGCCCUUUGUGAUGGACGGCGCAUCGUCCAACGACAUCUUCAGUCUGCUGAGGACUGAAGUGCUACGGAAGAUCUGUGAGAGGCCAGGCUUGAAGCAAUGUGUGAAGAUCAGUAAGCUCUUAAUCCAGUACCCUCUGUGUAUACCCACGGGCAAACGCCAGAUCCUUUUCUGCCAGCAGCUGGUCCGAUGCAUUGGACAGUUCCACACCACUUCAGGAAGAGAAGAAGCCGUCAUGGACUUCUUGGACCAGGUGAUCCAAGUCAGCCUUUUGCUGCAGAAAAUCUGGAAGACUCAGAUGACAGCCAUCCUGCCCUCUUUGAAAGAACUCUUUACCAUCAUUUCAGCAAUAGAAGACCAGAAUCCAUCUAUUGCCUUAGCCAGUGUGGUCCAGCACGUUCCACUGGAGCUCAUGGACAGCAUCUUAAGAAACCUCACCAACGAUGAUAGCAUAACUGAUCUUCAGAUGAUGACAGCGAUUGGAAGGAUGAUUGAAUGGAUCUCAUGGCCACUAGGGAAGAACUUGGACAAAUGGAUCAUAGCCUUGCUGAAGGAUCUGGCGGCAGUGAAGAAGUUCAGCAUCUUGAUGGAAGUCACACUUUCCAAAAUUGAGCGAGUGUUUUCCAAGCUACUCUACCCUAUUCUAAGAGAGGGAGCUCUCUCUAUUCUGCGUUACAUGUUGCUCAGCUUCCAGCACUCCCACGAAGCAUUUCACCUGCUUCUUCCACAUAUUCCCAGGGUGGUCGCGGCCCUUCAGAAGGAAAACUCCAAUUCGGCCCUGCGGUGCUUGGAUCAACUGGCCGAACUGAUCCACUGCAUGUUCUUCUGUUUCUCAGGAUUCCCAGACCUCUACGAACCUCUCGUGGAAGCAAUAAAAGCUCUCCCGAUUCCUAACGAAGAUCGGAUUAAGCAUCUGCUGGGGCAGAAUGCUUGGACCUCCCAGAAGAAUGAGUUGGCCAGUUUCUAUCCUCGCUUAGCUUCCAAAUCUGAAACUGGGAAGAUUGGGUUGAUUAACCUUGGGAAUACCUGCUACAUGAACAGUAUCCUCCAAGCUCUCUUCAUGGCCUCAGACUUCAGGCGAUCGGUGCUGAAUUUAGCUGAGAACAACUCCCAGCCUCUGAUGGCGAAACUGCAGUGGCUCUUUGCCUUUCUGGAGCAUAGCCAGGUAAUUUUGUGGAACAUCUUAUUUUUAUUUGAUUAUGUAGAAAAU